CUCUUUAUUGUUUUCGGGUUUUGUUUUGAUUGCAGCGCCGGGCCGUGACGCCGACAGAGCACGUGGCACGCGCGUAGUUUUAUUUGUGUUGUGCUUUGGUCUUUUCCCGCAGCGCUGCUCGCGCGGGUUCGACAGCUCUUCACUCCGUCCGGCGAUGACCGCGAGGUGAGCAGGGCACGCGCGCACCCUCUCAGGAAUCCUUACGUUUUUCCUUUCUGUCCCUCUGAGAAACCGGAGCAAUACGAAGUGACCAAAGACGCCUCGGCGGUGGACGCGGAGCGCCGGGACGCAGUGCCGUUGCAGGCUGGGAGUGAUGAGGGAGUGUUGAGUGUUGAGAUUUCAGUCACACAAGCUCUGGCCUCGCGAAGGCAAUUCUCAGGGCAUUGAGUUUGCAGAGCUUUCGGCACCAGCAGCACAGUGGCUCCCCCCGCAGACCGACUGGAUUACUGCAGCCCCUGUGUUAGAGGAGCUGCAUGGCCACAGGCCCAACUCUCCGCAGCACGUAUGAACGCAGCCACAAGGUGAGACACUCACAGGUGAACUUGCAGUCAGCAGGCAGCGAGGUCACACAGGAGACACAUGACAUGGAGGUCAAAGGUCACCUGAUCACUGGACCUGAGCUGCAGGGCUGUAUGGACAGUAAGCAGCGAGCAGAGCGGAUGGUGGAGCUGCAGGAGAGACGCAGGAGUCUUCAGGCUUUACUCAGCACCCGCCUGGCCGAGCUCAGACGAGUGUGCCUGCAGGAGGCUGAAUUGACGGGAGAAGUUCCGAGUGAGUUUCCUCUCGAGGCAGGAGAAAAACUCCCCCAUGUGCGGCGUAGAGUUGGUUUGGCCCGCAGCGGGUCCAAGUACAACCCAAAAAGUGAGGAGGAUGACGCAUCCCAGAGGAAGACGAAGAAACCUCUGUUCAGUGGCGCCCUCCGCAGGCACACGGAUGCAGAGCAACAGCCAACACAUGGAAAGAGGACGGUCCACAGAGGGUGUCAUACCGACAAUACAGUGAAGUCAGAGAGCAGCUCCACAUCAGACUCCACCAGUCAGGAGAAUGAGGACACUUCUGAUGGCUUGUCCCCCUCUCGUCCCCGGCUGGUCCCGGGGAGCCCGGACAGCAGGUUCUGUCGUAAACUGUCCCCUGUGGAGAUCUAUUAUGAAAUGAGAGCACGACGCAACUCUGUGGCCAGUUCAGCCAGCCCAAGUCGUUCUCUCCCAAGGAGUAUGUCCAACCUAGAGGGCAGAAGUGUCCCUGCCACGCCCCUGCUGACCCGCAACGGCCCCAACGGUGUGCACAUCAGGUCUGAAUCCUCCAGCAGCACAGCGGGAACAAAGCAGUGGCCAGACAAUCCAGAGGUGCCUCAGUUGGCGCCUGUCCCAACUCAGGAGGGGUCUUCCCCAGGGUCCUAUGAGCAGAAUGGCUGCACUUACAGCACCCAAACACGCCGCAGCAACAGCUCUGAGGCACUCCUGGACCGCAAUACCAACACCAUUAUGGACGAAGGAGGUCAAAGGUCCGGCUUGCCUGUCCGAAAUGGGCCAUACAAAAGUUCGGAGGCAUUGCCAGACGGACGUCUGAAGCAGGCGCAACGGGGCAGCCCUGAGAGACAGGUAAACGGGCACACUGAGCUGUCCCGGGUCCGCUCCGUUUCUAGCGGGCGUGCGGUUAAUGGCUCCAGUGCAGGCUACAGUGAGAUCCUGCUGGACUAUGUGUGGGGCAAGCAGCAGAAGAUGCAGCAAGCCCAACAACAGCAACUUCUUCAGCAGAGACUGCAAGCGCAGAACAGUAUUAAAGCCCGGGCUUGGCCCGAAACUCCCUCAGGCGCCCCUCCGCCCUACAUGAAUGGCUUCCACCAGUCUCAGGCCCUCAUCUUGGCCUCCGGACCCCCGGCCUACAGCCCUCUGAUGCUGCGAGGUAAACCGGGUGAGCCUCGGCGAGUUAAAGUGACCCGCACCAAAUCCUGUGGGCCGUUCAUUCCCCUUCAGCAGCACCAGCAAGAAACCGUCCUGAUUUCAGCCUAUGCUGAGACGCCUACUACCAACGGGACAUCUGGCAUGGGGCAUUACAGUCAGGCUGACCAGCCCCCAGGGCAGUUCCAACCACCUCUCAGACCACCCCAGUACAGCGCAGACCCCCCUACAGGCGCUGUUCCGGACGAAUCAACCCGCAACCUGCACAAGGCUCUCGCACUAGAGGGCCUGAGGGACUGGUAUCUGCGCAAUGCUUUGGGCCAGACAGGGGUCAGUGCAGGGAAAGGCCAGGAGGUGGCGCCAUCUCAGCGCAGACGUACUACUGCCUCGCUGCAUGGGCCACAUCCACACCCGCCUCUCAAACACCAGCCACAGUCGUUCCAGGGUGACACAGCCUACCCCCAACUGCCCCAGUCAGCCACCUUCCACGGACAUCCAAUACAUGGGCGGUCAGUGGAUCUCUCUCCAUAUCAAGACACCUUCCCAUCCAAAAUGCAGGAUUUGACUCUGAAAGAAACAAAUAAUGACAGACCCAGUCCAGGCACGCUGGUCUAACACAUGGGCAAAGACUGCAUAACCACCAGCUGUGUGGACUGGCCUAAUGACAAGAGCUUGUUUUGCCUAAGUUUGCAUAGACUACACAGUCCUAAUCAGUCCCAGCAGCUCUGAUAAAAACACAUGGCCCUCCCUUUACAAAUCACAGUUUCAGGGGAGAAUGAACUGAAAUGGACACGGUUUUCUUCAUUACCCCAUAUCGUCCGAGUUAGUUUUCCUUUUCAACGCCAAAUUUUGUUAGAUGCACGUGAUGGAGAAGGCAUAAACCUGAUGACCUUAACAAGGUAGCACAUUUCCUUUUUAAACCAUGUACUGUACAUUUGACGAUUUCUUUACGUUUGUACUAACGUCACUUUGGUUUGACUCUAGAUCUCUUGAUAAUGGAAUCAGUAUUAAGCUUCAGGGUUUUCCUAUAGAGUCUCUAAAUCAAGUGUCCAGCUCCAGCGUCCUUUUAAUCAGUCAGGAUCUUUUAGAUAACUCUUUGUACAAAAGGAAAAAAAGACGUCUAUGCAAAUUACAAUCAAGAUGACUAUGUUUAGAGAUAAUAGAUACUAUUUGAUGAAUGGUUGAUGUGCUUAAUAUUUUGUCAUACAGAUUUGCAUAGUAAUUAAGAAAUAGGUAAGAAAUGAUAUCUCUAAAGAAAACAUCCAACCAAAUCUUACACGUUAUAUUCUUCCCUGAGCUCAGUAUCAUCACUAUACGAAAUACUUUGUGUUGUUAAAUCCUGUACUUUCUCUCUUCUAAAGCAGAAAAGCCAAAAAAGAAAAGUUCUCAGUCGACUGCUGUAGCAGGAAACAGGACAGUGCAGAGUGUGCACUUUCAGCGUCCGACACAAGGUCACAUUUUCAGCUGUGUGUAGGGAAAACACUGCCUGCGUUCAGUGCUGCUUUUUCACUGCCAUCGCCUCCAGAUGCUAUAAACAGUGUCACAAAGACAUGAUGUGAGAAAACACACAUAGGAGCUGUUCUUGGAAACAUUCAAAAUGAGAAAAUGACAUUUAUUAACCCAACAAAGACUGGGGAACGAAUGUCUGGGUCAGACAUCACCCAAAAGUGCUAUUUACAGCAUAAUCAGUUUGAAAGAACUUUGAUCAUGGUAUACGGAGCCAGUGGGUAUCUAUUUUUAAGCAAAAGAGACAGUAGGAUAAUGAGAUUUUACCAAGAAUAGGCUGUAUGUGCAGGAUAGAUCAGAUCUGACAGGCCUUUGUUUAUACAGUGAUGGACUACUGAAAGUUCUUUGACUCACGUUCCGCGCUCCACGCUGUCCGAAGGCCAGAGCAGACCAACCCCAGAAAUGCUUGGUUGGUGUGCCAUACCUGUUUCUGACUGUUAGGAACAUUCAAGAACAUUCUUUCACCAUUCACACUGUUCUCGAAUGCUCUUCGCAUGGACUGUUCUAUGAUGUUCUCCCACAUUCACAAUGUUCUGGAAUGAUCCCUCCCAGUCACACUGUUCUGCAGUGUUCUCCCCCAUUUAUGCUGUUCUAGGACGUUUCCCCCAUUUAUACUGUUGCAGAAUGAUCUCUUUCCAUUCACACUGCUCUAGAAUAUACUCCCAUCGCUUCUCUAAAAUGUUGCCCGCUAAUCCCGUUCUAGAAUGCCUUCCCCAUUUGAACUGUUCUACAAUGUUCUCCCAGUGUGUAUUAUCUUAGAAUGUUCUACUGUUGUAGAAUGCUCUUUCCCCAUGCACAUGGCUCUAGAGUAUUCUUCCAUUGCUUGUCUAGAAUGGGGGCAUUAUUCCUGUUCUGGAAUGUUUUGCCCAUUUACACUGUUCUAGAAUAUUCUCCCAUUGCCUAUCUAGAAUGGGGGGCAUCAUUCCUGUUCUCAAAUGUUUUCCCCAUUUACACUGUUCUCAGAUGUUCUCCCACAUUUAUGCUGUUUUCAUAGUCACACUGUGCUAGAAUAUUUUCCCAUCGCUUCUCUAGAACGCCCCCCCAUUACUCCUGUUCUACAAGGUUUUCUCCAUUUACACUGUUCUAGAAUGUUUGCCCUCCAUUCACACUGUUUUUGAAUGUCUUCCCGAUUUGUAUUGUUCUACAAAGUUCACUCCCAUUCACUGUAGUUCAUUUCUCUUGUUCUUGUUCUGGACGUUUUGAUGAUAACUGCCCCCAUUUCAGUGUUUUAGUUUAUUACAGAAUGUUCAGUCGGUGUGCUCUGGCCUUUAGACAUGGAAAAGCUGCGUGGUACUUCUACGAUAUCAUUUUGCCAGUGGCAGCUGCCAUUGGUGCAUUUAGACGACUGUUCCUUCAUGACUGUAAAACCCCAGGUGUGGUUUCUGACAGUGUCCACUAGAAGGCGCUUCAGCCUUUGGAGAAGCUGCUCCAUAUCAAAUCAAAACAGCAUGGCAGAUGUAUGCAAACGCUGACUGCCCAGGGCGAUGUGUGCGGCAGGAUUUGACUGUUGCUUAUUUGUGUCUCAGUGUUCAAUAUUCACCACUGCAAAUGGCCAUUUACCCAGGUCACUGGGCAGAGGAUGUCAUCAUAUAGUACUGGGUUCGCAAUUAGGUUGGCCUGAAGGCUCAACUGGUGAAUCAAGAGAACCCUAUUAUAUAUUAGCAUUGUCCCUAUUUCUCUCCACUGCUGCUUAUUGAAUGCUAUGUGAGACUUACUGUAUGGUGUAAUCAAACCAGGAUGCCAACUGUUAACCACCGUGCCUAGCAGCAACAGUGAAAACAACACACUUAGCUUUAGCUAUACAUGGAAACCACAUUCAGUCUAGUGCAACACGUGUCUGUGUAUUAUCUCACGACCAGAUUGUACUUUCUAUAAUGUUGAAACACCGCAAAAAAUGUCAGGAUUGCUGGCUAAUCCAAAUCAGUGAGUUGUUCUGCUUUUUUCAUAGUGUUAUUGCUGUUUUAUAACUUUAACUGUCCUGUUCAAAUGCAUGCGGGUACUUGUUAGCGUUGCGUUUCUGCUAAGCUCCCAUAUGAGUGCCCUGUUCUUAUGAUCCAUUCUGUAAACUGAGCCAGUAGUGAAGCAAGAGCGGUUCGCUUGUCUGGGAAAUUGAAUGCAUUCGCUUUAACAGGUGAAUGUUGAUAGCUGGUCUUAGCUGGUUUCAGAUGGCCUUUCAUGGCCAUUAGCCAGAUUCUUGCUGAUGAAGAUCAUAAAGGUGUUUGACCAGUUAGACAUUGUGCUGAACUAGGAUAACAAACCAGCUCGUUCAGAGCAGGUCAUGCUGGGAGACCAGCUAAAUCAUCAUACUCAAAUGGUAAUGUGUCCUGUGCUGGUUGACCAGCUAUUGCUUAAAGGGUAAGUCCAUUUUUUUCUAAAUUUCGGCCUAAUUCAGUUGUAAACAAAGUUAUUUUGAGUGGUUUGAUUUAAAUUGGUUCACUGUAGAGAAAGUGACCGAUCCAGUUCUUUACAGUGGUGGUGAAGGAUGGUUGCAAUGUCUACAACACACCUAUAGCCAUUUUAUUUACUUUCCAAAAUGACCAGUGAUCUUACAAGUGUCUUAUGUUGCUGGAAAAAAAAUUGCUUUGGAGAAUAUUUUGCCUCACAAUGUCCAUCACGUAGUUUUCCGCAAUGAAUGAAAGAUGUUCCAGGCCGAAACUUUAUCUCAAAGUGUCAGACAUCAGGCGGGGUACUAGACUGUCACUGGGGCAGUGCCCCACUUGUCACUGGGGUGGUAAGGGGUCAUCUCAGUACCUUUAGUCAGGGAACGUAAUUGUACCAUAAUCCACUGAAAUGA